GCCUAGCCAGAUAUAUAUAUAUAGGCUUUGUGCCGCUUCUCGUACGGAUCUCCUGUCAAUCUAACUUGCUGCUAUCUAGAACUCGUUACACCAUUUGUCUAUAUCAACAAUGAUAAACUGCAUUAACCCAUAUCUCAGUACGUGGAUCCUACAAGUAGAACACACAUUGGCCUAUUGAGAAAGAUAUUGAAGUGACGUCUACUUGUUGGUGUUUAUAGAUAAGAAUAUUCAAGAUGGCAGACUUACGUUUACUUGUCCCUAUGUUUCUAUGGACGAUUCUUUUAGGUCGCUGUCUGUCUGGGUGUCCGGACGGAUCCGUUGUACACAGUACAUCCUGCUAUUUGUUUUUCAACAUGAGAACAUCCUGGAGUGAAGCUGAGUUUUACUGUCGUCUGCUGAAUACUAAUCUGUUAUCAAUUGAGACGGUAGAGGAGCAGACGUUCAUCGGGAACCAUCUGACGAGGGAGGGAAGUGCAACGUUCAGUGCGGACGGAUUGUUUUGGACGGGAGGGACCACUUUGAUGACUGGAGGGCGAUGGAUGUGGGAGGCAGCAUCUUAUCCCCUGGGGUACACGGCCUGGUCCCCCGGGGAACCCGACACUCACUCUGACCAGAAGCGGUGCCUCGCCAUGGGAUUCAGUAAAGGUUUCCAGUGGAUCUCCUCAGUCUGCGAUCACAAACACCACUUUGUAUGCGAAGCAUCAGCGUUUGCAAACCAUGGCGGUCAAAGUGGUGGGAUUGUCAUCGGAUGAACGCAUCUUUCGGCGGACACCGACCGGCUGUCACAUCAAACACCUACGUUUAAAAUGUUGAUUUUCCAAUAAAAUAUUAAUCUACAGUUC